AUGGCCUACUCGGAGAGUCGCUCGGAGAGCGUAAGCUCAAAAGGCAAAAAAUCAUAUGGACAUGAACUUGAAACUGUACCACUGCCGGAAAAGAAAAUCUACACAACAUGGCCGGAUAUGAUCAGACAUUGGCCCAAGACAACACUUUGUAUCGUCUCCAAUGAAUUCUGCGAACGAUUCUCUUAUUAUGGAAUGAGAACUGUAUUGACAUUCUACCUGCUCAAUGUGCUUAAAUUCACCGACUCUCAAUCUACUAUUUUUUUCAACGGAUUCACAGUUCUUUGUUACACAACCCCACUUCUCGGAUCAAUUGUUGCUGACGGUUACAUCGGAAAAUUCUGGACUAUCUUCUCUGUGUCUAUUUUGUAUGCUAUCGGACAAGUUGUUCUUGCACUCGCUUCCAUCAAAAAUUAUCAGUCUUCGGUUCACCCAUGGAUGGAUUUAUCUGGAUUGCUGAUCAUCGCAUUCGGUACCGGAGGUAUCAAGCCAUGUGUGUCUGCUUUCGGUGGAGAUCAAUUUGAGUUGGGACAAGAAAGAAUGCUUUCUCUUUUCUUCUCCAUGUUCUACUUCUCUAUCAACGCCGGAUCCAUGAUCUCUACUUUCAUCUCGCCAAUUUUCAGAUCUCAACCAUGCCUCGGUCAAGAUUCCUGCUACCCAAUGGCUUUCGGUAUUCCAGCUAUUCUCAUGAUUGUUGCCACAUUGGUCUUUAUGGGAGGUUCCUUCUGGUACAAAAAGAACCCACCAAAGGAUAACGUCUUCGGAGAAGUCUCUCGCCUUAUGUUUGGAGCUGUUGGAAACAAAAUGAAGAAAGGAUCCACACCAAAGGAGCACUGGCUGUUGCAUUACCUUACCACCCACGACUGUGCCCUCGACGCGAAAUGUCUUGAACUCCAAGCCGAAAAGAGAAAUAAGAAGCUGUGCCAAAAGAAGAAGUUCAUUGAUGACGUCCGCUCCCUUCUCCGUGUUCUUGUCAUGUUCUUGCCAGUUCCAAUGUUCUGGGCUCUUUAUGAUCAACAAGGAUCUGUGUGGCUUCUUCAAGCUAUUCAAAUGGAUUGUCGUCUUUCUGACAGUCUUCUCCUCCUUCCCGACCAAAUGCAAACUUUAAACGCUGUCCUUAUUCUUGCCUUCAUCCCACUCUUCCAAGUCAUCAUCUAUCCAGUUGCCGCGAAAUGUGUCAGACUUACCCCAUUGAGAAAAAUGGUCACCGGAGGUCUUCUUGCUUCUCUUGCCUUCUUGAUCACCGGAUUUGUUCAACUCCAAGUAAAUACCACUCUGCCAAACCUCCCCGGAAAAGGGCAAUGCUCUAUCAGUUUCUGGAACCAGUUCAACAAUGACUUCAAAACUUGUCAAAUCAUCGUCACUGAUCCAAAUGGUGACAAGAGAACCAUUAACCAAAGCAUGGCUCUUCACGAGAACAAAGAUGACAAAGCGGGAGUUUUUAAACUGUUCCAAACAAAAUCGCCAAAUCAAAAGAGUACAAGUGACUGGACUCUUACUUUCAAGAUUGCGUAUGCUGGUAACUGUGGAGACCCAACAAAACUCCAAAAUACUGCCGUUAUCACCGCUAAGAGCAAGAAAGUCAUCUAUGUAGGUGUGGGGCCAUUCGGAUAUUAUCAAAACACCGCUAACACUGACAAGCCAACUGAUGGUACUGGAGAAUUCUCCAUGGGAAUCGUUGCCAAUUUGGAUGACCAUUAUGCUGGAAACUUCGCUAUGUGCCGAUCUGAUGCAAGUGAUUAUGACCGUGCACACCCAUGUAAUCCAAGACAUCCAGCUGACUUCUACUUCUGGGAAACUGAUUACAAUGAUGGUACCGACGACCGAGAGGGAAACAGCACAGUUGUUGGAAGCGGUUCUCUGGUUACCACAUACAAACAGAAGUCCGUGAAACCAGGAAAAUGGGAACUAUACUACUUGUUGAAUACUCCGAAGGAUAUCAACAGACAAACAUACAACAAAACAGCCACAUUAGUUCAAUACACGAAUUUCAAUCUGACCCGUUUCGAACAAGGAGGAGUUUUCAUUUAUGCAUUGUCCGGACCUCGUGACUCUCCAUAUAUCACUGAACUCCAAAUUGUGCAAAACAACAGAGUUUCUAUUCUCUGGCAAAUCCCACAAAUUGUUGUCAUCACUGCUGCUGAGAUUCUUUUCUCUAUCACUGGAUACGAGUUUGCUUAUUCACAGUCCGCUCCAUCGAUGAAAGCACUUGUGCAAGCCCUCUGGCUUUUGACAACUGCUGCUGGAGAUACAAUUAUUGUCAUUAUCACAAUCCUCAACUUGUUUGAAAAUAUGGCUGUUGAGUUCUUCGUUUACGCCGCCGCUAUGUUUGUUGUCAUUGCUAUCUUCGCCCUUCUUUCCAUAUUCUAUUACACAUAUAACUACUAUACCACUGAUGAGGAUGAUGACGAGUAUGGAGUUGAUGAUAUGGAAGAAGAAGUAGCAGAAAUUGAAGAUCAUAAUCCACGGUACUCCAUCGAUAACAAAGCAUUUAAUUCCGACGAGGCAGAUUGUUUAGAUGGUUACGUGACAUCUUUCCCACUGAAUACAUGGCUUGUGGUAUCUUUAGUUGUCACAGCGGUCUGUGGGUCGAUGUGUACUUGGUUGCUACUGGUACUUUGUAUCGAGAAUGCGUUUGCUCAUCGACUUGACAUCACUCCUUAUCGAAGCGGAUGUGCAUUGUUGUUUGAAGCUUUUAUUGAAUGGACACAGGCAUUCAACAACUUCCGAAUGUCAUUCCUUAUCAUGGCGCUACACGACGCACCGAUCACAAUUUUCAACUACUUUUUUAUCGCAGCAUGCAGAUGUCCGAACCCUAAAGUGAUUAUCAAAUUUUUGAGAGACAUUGAAACAAUGUUUAGUACGCCAAGUGUAAAAGUGAAACGGUUGCAGAUACUCUCCUGGCCGCUCGUUCUAUCAUCAAGUUCGUGUACCGUGUCACUGAUAUGGAGAAUCACCGUAUUGUAUUUCUCGUACAAGAGAAUGGUUUGUGCUAAGAAACCAGUUAAAAAAGUGUCGGGGGUCGCAGUAAACACACCAGCCAAGAAACAUUUUCAACAAGCAAUUGAUACUAGUAGCAAAACAAACGGGGGAAGACUGGGAGAAUACGAUGAAACAUGGCCGAUCAGAUGGGCAAGGAUUCAUACAAUUGGACCACAUCACGAUCGUCUUUGCGAUACAUCAGAUCCAACAAGCCCAAUAUCAAAUGGAAAACCAAAUCACAUUGAGACUCCACCUCCGAACGAAAAACCAAAACCAGCUAUGAAGGAUUUCAUUCAAAGAGCUGGAGAUUUUCGGGCCAACCUUGAUUGUCAAAACUCAUGUCGAUACUUUUGCGGUCACCUAUUUUGGUGCAUACUCACAUUCAUUACUUAUCUUGUUUGGAGUGCAUUGUGUUGGAUACCAUGUGCUUAUCAUUACACUUGCCGUCACAACAGUUUUUAUCACCGUCAUAAAUUAUGCAGAUCAUUCAUACGAUACUUCUCAAUCACAUUUCACUACUCUAUUUUCUACUUAUCUCUUCUGGCUUCUGCAUUUCUUAUUGGUAUGAAUAUCACUCUCCUCACAUCAGUACACGGACUUGGAUCGAAUUCGAUGCCACCGGAAAUUGAUAGGAUAUGUGUCACAGUGUCUCCAGGAUCCCAUAUGAUAUUUACAAAUAUACUGAAUGCAUCACCAUUUGAGAGUGCACUACAGUUGCAAAAGAAAUUGAACAAAUUGAAUGCUCCAAAAGAUACACGAGCUGUAACUGAAUGUAAACCGUUAUGGGAAGAUGGUGGUCUGGGUAUUGGUUUAGCAAGAAGGGAAGCAGGGAUAUGGGAGAUGAGAACUCCAAUCAACAAUACUAUGCUGGCAGUUGCAACAUAUGUCACUUUCAACAACUCAGAAAUUCAUAAUCCUGCAUUGAAACUUGAGUACACUCAUACAUUAUUUAUUAGAAGAAACAAUGACGUUAAUGAAAAAUAUAGUUGUGUGAGAGAAUCUGGAUGGACUAUUGUUCCAUCUGUUGCACAACUGAGCUGGCCGUACUUCUCAGCGUGUGAGCAAAACUGGAAAUUCGCUGAAAACCCGAGCUUGAUAGAAUGUAAUCAAAUUUUUGGAAUUGAGAGCGGAACUGCGUCCAAGAAGCACACGCCCAGACACAACUUUCGCUUUCUAAAAACUUAUGCAGCUUUGCGAAGGAGUUGA